AACCGCAGGGAGUUUUAUCUUGAAAGUAGGAGGGCAGGAGCGGAGAUAAUUUAAAAAAAUUUUACCAGCAAUGAAAAAUUUUCAACAUUUUUUUUUUAAUUCAUCAUUAUUUUUUCCUGCUUUGGGAAUCUUUUUCUUAGCGUGCCUGAAAACUUUAAAUUUGGUGAGAAAUUUUUCAUAAAUUCGCAGAUAGGUAAUUAUAAUUAAAAAUUAAAAAAUAUAUUAUCUGAUACGUACUUAAUUUCUAAGAUUAUGUUGAUAAACAUCAAAUUUGUAUAGUACCUAUGUACCUACUCAUAAAAAUCGAAAGUUCUCAGAUAAGAGUCGACUUCAAGUUUAUAAAAUAGGUAUUGUGAUAGAUAAAUUUUUGAAGCUUAUCCGAAUGAAAGUGGCAGAUUGUUCUAGUUUAUGGAUUUGCUUAUCACUUUAUUAUCUCAUUCUAACGCUGAAUCAACAUUUUAUAUUAGUUUCCAGUUCAUCUACAAUGAAAAAAGUUGCAGUGGUUACAGGUGGUAAUAAAGGAAUAGGAUAUGCUACAGUUGAAGGACUUUGUCAGAACUUUCCCGGAGAUGUCUUCUUGACAGCUCGAGAUGAAGGUCGAGGAUUAGCUGCAAUAACAUCUCUAAAUGAGAUGGGUUAUCAUCCAAAAUUUCACCAACUUGAUAUCACCGAUGAACAAAGUAUCAUCAAAUUUAAUAAUUAUAUUUUCCACGAAUACGGAGGAUUAGACAUAUUAAUAAAUAAUGCCGGGAUUGCUUUCUGUUAUAACGCAAAAGUUGCAGCCACUUACCCUUUUGCUGUGCAAGCGAAAGAAACAAUUCUAGUGAAUUAUUUUGGGACCAGGAAAGUCUGCGAUGUAAUGUUUCCUAUUCUCAGACCACAUGCCAGAGUCGUGCACCUUUCUAGCGCAUAUGCUCACUUGCUUAGAAUACCAUCUGAAGCAUUGAGGAAAAAAUUAUGGGCUGAUAACCUAACCGUUGAUCAUCUAGAUGGAUUGAUGUCAGAUUUUGUAAGGUCAGCUGAACAAGAUAAUAAAGUAGAUAUAGAUUGGGGAGUAAGUGCUUAUUCCUUGUCAAAAGUCGGUCUUUCUGCUUUGGCGAGAAUUCAACAAAGAGAAUUUCUCAAUGAUCAACGUGCGGAUAUUGUUGUGAAUUCGGUGCAUCCUGGUUACGUUGUUACUGAUAUGACUAAUCAUAAAGGAACGUUGACAAUUGAACAAGUUUUACUUAUACCAGGUGCUGAACCCUCUUUAUAUGCAGCUCUUCUUCCGGAAAACAUUACAGAACCUAAAGGAGCUCACAUUUUGCAAAAUAAAACCAUCGUCGAUUGGACUGCACCUUUUUAAAAAAAUUGUAUUUCAAUACUUAGGUACUUAAUUGUGCUGCCAACGUUAUCUGUAUGAAACAUUUAAUUUUUUAAUAAUCUAAGCAUGUGAUAACGUAUUAAGUAUUUUUAAUAAAAAGAUUUUGACCAGAAAUGAAAUUUUCAAAAAAUACCUACAAUGGGCUAUUUUGGAAUUUGGAAACAUUUUAAAACUGGACGAGGAACGAUAAAUUUUUUGAAAAAUUUGGAUUUUUGUGUUCUCAGUUGAGAUGUGCUCUAUAGGCUACAAGGAAUAAGAAGAAAGAGAGGCUAUUCAGAAGAAUUUUGACACGGAAAUGAGAAAUUUUUUCAAUAAUUUUUACAUACUUUCAAUUUAUUCCAUUUUCUUUAUUGUUUCCACUUUUUGGAGGCUUAACAUCAGGGGACCAAAAUAACUCAGAAGUUUCGAUCGAAAAUAAAAAAUAUUCAAAAACUUGUUAUUUACUUAGGUACUUCAAUUUUUCGUUUCUUUCAAAAUUUUCAACUUUGGAGAAAUGUCUCCAUGGAAAGGAAUCAAUAUUGUUUGAGGGACCGAGGGAAGCUUGAUAUAGUGCAGUAUGCCUUCACCUUCUUGGUGGUCAUUCUCCGAUAGAUUACCUAGCUAGGGGAAUCGUCGUAAUGUGGGAACUAUGUACACAUAACUCAUUAUGUGUAUGAUACACCUGGUAUGGUAAUAAACUCAGACAAUGCACCCGGCUUUGGACAUAAAACUACCUUUUUAUGUACAAAGGGGUGAGCUGAGAUCUUCUGGCUCGUGGCCGCCUGCUAUAGGAAUCUAGCCACGAUCCUCACUUGCUUUCCAUCGUCUGCAGCGUGGGGUUACAAGUGGCAUUGUGCUUACAUAGUGUCGAAUAUGUAUAGUCUCUCGACGAGACAUAUAACUUAUAUUUUGGCUAUACCAUUUCGAGCAUGGUUAAUUUAUUAAUAUUAAACUCAAUCGUCGGUAGAGUAAUCAACGUAAUUGUAAUUAUUAUCUAUCUCGAUUAUAUAAAUCAUCCUUUGCGGCUACCUUUAAUGAAUCCGGACAUUAAUAGGUAGAGCGUGCGUUACGUGUGUCUCCUAUUAAAGUAAAGCAUCCACCGUAGAGUCACUAGUAUUGGGGUAGGCUCAGGGAAGAGGUGGAGAGACGGUCAGCAGUGUUAGGUAAGUAGGUACUUACAUGGUGGUGUCUCCACUAAUUAAAUAUAAGUUAGUAAUAAUUAAAUAAUAUUAUCAGCAUCCUCGGGUCUAGGACAAGGAUCUUGACCUGAAGAUAGGUAUAUUGUUUGAUACCUAUUUGCUCAUUAAUAGCUUCCGAUGAAGAUAUUAAUGUUAUGUAUAUGGACCACAUGAUCGGCAAGAGUCUUAUGGCAUUGAUCAUAGAUUCUCAUGUUGGAGUGAAGAUCGAGUAUAGAAUAAUUAAUUCCAUUAAUUAUAAUAGAAUCGAUGUCUUUAGACCCAAUAAAGGUUAUCAUCGGAAUAAUAGUGUUAGGUGUUCAUUUCAAUAUUAUUCUAACAUUUAGUUGUAUCGUUGAACUAGGAUUGGAAACCCUUGUCUAGCGGCAUAAAUAGACUUUGGCUAAAUUCUCCCCCCUUAGGUAGUUUCUCAUGUACCCCCUUUUAAAGCAAUCAUUCACUUAGAGAUCCUCCUAUCCUAAUCGUUCGUUUCAUCAACGACCUCAUCAUGCUUGUUAAUCCCUUCUAACCAUAGCCAGUAAUGAUGAUUUCAACGAUAUCAAGCUCAUUCCGAAGGGAAGAUAGAUUUAAAUUUCGAUCAGUUUCAAACAUUUUUUACAAAGUUUAAUUUUUUAUUCAUGUUCUAAUUUUUCCCAAAUUUGGAAAAUCGUCAUAAGAGGACAUGUUUGAAGAUCGUGGGAAAGUUUUUAUCUAAAAAAGGGGGGGGGACUGUCUGGAAAAAUUCUGACGCAGAUAUUGGUACCUACGUAUUUUUAUAAAAUUACCAAUUUCAUUUGUUUUAUACAUAAAGACACCAUCAUUGUUUGAGGGGGGCGGAGUG